AUGAAUAGAUCUUUAGCUUUAAGAGUAGGUAGAGCUCUUAAUAUUAACUUGAGUAGAAACCUCACUAGAGUUUUGUUCCAUGCAUCCAAGAGAACUCAUGUUAGAACUACCUUUCAACAACUCAGAUUCCAUAGUGACAAUAGUGCAACCUUGAAAGUUGAUGAUCCUCAAAUGAUGAUAGCAUUUACAUGUAAGAAAUGUGACACUAGAUCAUCUCAUACCUUCUCCAAACAAGCAUAUCAAACAGGUACAGUACUCAUACAAUGCCCAGGAUGUAAAAAUCGUCAUUUAAUUGCAGAUAACUUAAAUUUCUUCAAAGAUCAAAAAUUCAGUCUUGAGGAUGUUUUGAAAGCCAAAGGAGAAUCCAUAGCCACCUCACCUGAAGACCUUGUAUUCAAUGAUAUACCUGACAGCUUGAAGAAGACCAUCGGACACCAUGCCAAAGAUGCACCUGAAGAUUAUCAUAAAGAUAUCGAUACUGGACUCCCUGAAGGGAAAAAAUCAGAUUAG